AACAACCGCCAUUUUUGAAUAAACAAUGUUCGUGUACCCAGUUCUUUUGGCCGAGCAUUGACAAACUCGUCCCACGGUCCCAGUUAUGACACGGAAAUGGCCGCCACGUUUCCUUUUAUACAGAUUGGUGUUCAUGUGUUGCAGAACUGAGCGAUUUCUGCGAUCUAUGGCUGAAGGAAGUAGUGUGCAUUCAGAUGGAAUCAAAGAAGUCCACCAGGUACCGAUGAAUGUUAUUAAUCGCCCAAUACCUUCUGUGCUUGAAGAAGAAAAAGUACAGUCUCUAAUACAAACAAUUCAGGACGAGCAUGCAAGAUAUUCUGUGCCUCCAAUUGAUGUGUUAUGGAUUAAAGGCAGACUAGGGGGAGACUAUUUUUACUCAUUUGGAGGAUGCCAUAGGUUUGAAGCUUACAAAAGACUCAAAGAGAAAACUAUUCCCUGCAAGCUAGUUAAAUCAACAGUUGAAGGCCUCAAGGUUUAUUUAGGGUCUUCUGUACCUGACCUGAAAUAAGGAUCAUCCCAUAAUUGUGUUUUGGACACGUGUGACGUGGAGAUAUUCUCAGUCAUCUGUCGUAAUAGAGGUGGUAAAAAGUGAAAUCUGGGACUACCCAAGAUGCCAAGACUUUUGUUUGAAAAUCAGAGACAAUAGUGCUGCCCUUGAAGCUUAAUCACACUUCAGUAGAAGAAAUGCAAGGGAAAGAGAAUUAUGUUCAUGUAAGGCAUACAGACAUGUACUGACUAGAAAUGGUGUUUUUAAAAUUGUACAUAUUUUUGUGAAUUGCCUAAAUAAAUGACAUUUCAUUAUUCUUAAGAAA